GUGAAAUAAAUAACAUUGGUGUUUCUGAUAUUUUGUAUUUGUUUAUUUUACAGACGAAUCUGCAUUUGAAAAUAUGCUCCAUCAGUGUAAAUUGGCUUUUGUGUUGGUACUGUGUAUGAGAUUAUUUUUGGAGGUUCAUGUUGCUUCCGAUAUUUGCAGCGUGUGUAAUUGCCAAGGAUCUCCUAUAUAUGUAGGUUGUGAAAAUCGCCAAUUAUCUACAGUUCCACAACCUAUACCUGCAAAUGUUGAAUCUAUAUAUCUGAAUAGUAAUAAUAUUGCGACUAUUCAAAAUGGAACCUUCCAAAAACUCUUCAUGUUAAAAUAUUUAUAUAUAAAGUAUAAUAAAAUCACGACUAUUAGAGCAGGGGCUUUCAAAGAUCUCACAGUUUUACAGCAAUUAUAUAUGAGUAAUAAUGAUAUUAUGGUUAUUGAAGAUGGAUCCUUCCAAAACCUUCCAAACUUAAAACAUUUGUACCUUGAACAUAAUAAAAUCCCGAGCAUUGGAGAACGAACUUUCGAAAAUCUUCCCAGUUUAAGAGCAUUAUAUCUGGCCUAUAAUAAAUUACAGAAUAUUGAAGAAAAACAUUUCCAAAACCUCUCCAGAUUAGAAAGAUUAUAUCUGGGUUUUAAUGAAAUCUCGGAUAUUGAAGAAAGAACCUUCCAAAAUUUUCCCAAUGUAAAAUAUAUAUAUCUGGGCUAUAAUAAAAUCAAGACUAUUGAAAAUGGAACCUUCCAAAAUCUUACCUAUUUAGAGAAUUUAUACCUGGAGAAUAAUGAAAUCUCACGUAUUGGAGAGCGAACCUUCCAAAAUCUUCCUAGUUUAAUAAAAUUAGAUCUGAAAUAUAACAAUAUCGAAAAUAUUGACGAAGGAUCCUUCCAAAUUCUUACCAAAUUAGAGUAUUUAGACCUCAGUAAUAAUGAUAUCACAAGUAUUGGCGUAGGAAUAUCCCAAAAUAUUCACAAUUUAAAGAACUUAACCAUAUACUGGCAGUAGAGGGCGAUGGUCCAUUUGUUGACAGAAACUUCUUCCAUGAGUACAUCUAUAGAAUGUUUUCACACCAAAUAUGAUUGCCAAUGCUUCCUUACCUAUUUGUUCCUUUCAGCUGGUAAUAAAGAUCAUGACGCAUGGGCUCUAGCCUUUUAACUCCCAACGUCAUAUUUGUACAUCAUAACAACUGGUAUCUCUAGCCAGUAUAAUAUCCAACUUUGAAUCAAAAUGUGUUAACGAUAAGUUUGAUGUUAAAAUAUCUUUUAAUUUGUCAAAUGCCUUCUGGCACUCAUCAGUCCAGCACUAUUUUGCAUUUUUCUAUAACAAAUCAUUUAGCGGGGCCCUUAUACUGUGCAUAUUGGGAAUAUAAAUUUGAUAGUAAUUUACUAAACCCCAAAAUAUUUGUAGCAUAGUCACAUUAUUUGGUGUGGGUAUAUAUUUUUAUUGCAGUUGCUUUGGAUGAAUCCGGUUUCCGUCCAUUUUUAUCUAUUAUCUAGCCCAAGUAUUUAAUUGUUUUCAAAAAGAAAUCACAUUUUCUUCACGUAACUUAAAACAAUAUUCUUUUAACUUUGCACAUGCCUUCUUUACAUUCUCUACAUGUUUGUGUGAUUCGCUUAUUAUUAGAAUAUCGUCUAAAUUGGCCAUAGCAAAAUAAUAGUCACCAGCAUUGUAUUCAUUACUUGCUGAAAUAUGAAAGGAGCCACAUUUACACCGAAGGGAAGUCGCUUGGUUUGUAUUAAAGGUUAAUAAGUGUGAGCAUUCUUCUUUUACUUGGAUUUGUAAAUAUUCCUCCAAGAGAUAUUUUUUGGGGAGAAGAAUUUCCCACCAUUCAGUUGUGCAAACACUUCCGCAGGAGUCGGCAAUAAGUAGUUAUGUGAGAUUAAGCAAUCAUUCACCCCCAUUGAAAAAUCUGCACAAACUCUUAACAUAUUUUUUUUUUUUUUACGU